GAAACUGUUUGGGGGAUAAGCGGGAACUGUCGCCUAACUCUGGGCUUGGGGGAAAGCAGCACCGACCGCCCAAAACUGCGAGGCAGGAGAGGAAAAGCAGCGAAGCUGACGGUGCUGGGGAUCCCACCUGGCAAACGCCGGCGGAGCGGAGCGUUUGUCUGUCUGUCUGUCUGUCCGUCUGUCCCUCUGGCUGAGGAUCCCGAGGAUCACAUGAAUCCCGUCCUGCCCCCUCCCUCCGCAGCCCCGUCCCGCUGCGCUCCUCGCAACUCCUGCAAACUCGCCCAAAGCAGAGGCACUUCCCACAGGCAGCCUCUGCCUCUCCUCGAGGGGCUCUGGCAGCUGCCAAAACUCUCUUUUCCCUCUUUCCAAAUAAAGUUCCAGCACUCGCAGAGGAGAUUCCUGCAAAAGCGAACGAUGAUUGCCCGUAGCAAGAAAGGCUCAUGUUCUCAACUCUGCCUCGCUCUCUGCACCUUUGGGCUGGCGCUGCUGGGGGAUGUGUCCCGGGCUGUACCCAUGGACGAUCAGGAUUAUUACCUGCAGGAAAUUACCAACAGGGAUCAUUAUUAUUCCUUUCCAUAUCCUGGGGAAGAGUUUUUUCCUUUCACGGAGCAACCUGGAGAGGAAGGACCUCACCGCGCUGCAGAGACAGAGGAGCACCCGCGGUUCAAACCCAGCAGGAAAGAGUUAAAACCGAAGAAGAACAACAAAAAAGGAAAACCGAUUCUUGAAACGCCACCAGAUUGCCCUCCACUUGGUCUAGAGACAUUAAAAAUCACUGACUUCCAGCUCCAUGCCUCCACAGCGAAGCGCUACGGCCUGGGGGCCCACAGAGGAAGGCUCAAUAUUCAGGCAGGUGUUAACGAAAAUGAUUUUUAUGAUGGUGCUUGGUGUGCAGGAAGAAAUGACCCAUAUCAGUGGAUUGAAGUGGAUGCUCGAAGGCUCACAAAAUUCACUGGAGUCAUCACACAAGGAAGAAACUCCCUCUGGUCGAGUAACUGGGUGACCUCUUACAGAGUCUUGGUGAGCAAUGACAGCCACGCAUGGACUGCUGUCAGAAACGAAUCUGGAGACGUGAUUUUUACCGGAAACAGUGAGAAGGAGAUCCCAGUUCUCAAUAUGCUGCCGGUGCCACUGGUCGCACGUUACAUCCGGAUAAACCCCCGGUCCUGGUUUGAGGAAGGAAGUAUCUGCAUGAGACUGGAAAUCUUGGGCUGUCCUUUGCCAGACCCAAAUAAUUAUUACCACAGAAGAAACGAAAUGACGACCACAGAUAAUCUGGACUUUAAGCAUCACAACUACAAGGAAAUGAGGCAGUUGAUGAAAACUGUGAAUAAAAUGUGUCCAAAUAUCACAAGAAUUUACAAUAUUGGAAAAAGCAACCAAGGACUGAAGCUUUAUGCUGUCGAGAUUUCUGACAACCCAGGAGAGCACGAAGUUGGGGAACCAGAGUUUCACUACAUUGCAGGAGCUCAUGGGAAUGAAGUGCUUGGACGUGAGCUAAUCCUCUUGCUAAUGCAGUUUAUGUGCCAGGAAUACCUGGCUGGGAACCCACGGAUUGUCCAUCUCAUUGAGGACACAAGGAUCCACCUCCUGCCCUCAGUCAACCCAGAUGGAUAUGACAAGGCAUAUAAAGCGGGUUCAGAAUUAGGGGGCUGGUCUUUAGGACGAUGGACUCAGGACGGCAUUGACAUCAACAAUAAUUUCCCUGACUUAAACUCUUUGCUCUGGGAGUCAGAAGAUCAGAAGAAAAGUAAAAGAAAAGUUCCAAACCAUCACAUCCCCAUCCCUGACUGGUACCUGUCUGAAAACGCCACUGUGGCGGUGGAGACACGGGCAAUAAUAGCGUGGAUGGAAAAAAUUCCUUUCGUGCUGGGGGGCAAUUUGCAGGGAGGGGAGCUGGUGGUGGCCUAUCCCUACGACAUGGUGAGGUCCAUGUGGAAAACCCAGGAUUACACCCCCACCCCAGACGACCACGUGUUCCGCUGGCUGGCCUAUUCCUACGCCUCCACCCACCGCCUGAUGACGGACGCGAGAAGGAGAGCGUGUCACACGGAGGAUUUCCAGAAGGAGGAUGGCACUGUUAAUGGAGCCUCCUGGCACACCGUGGCUGGAAGCAUAAAUGACUUCAGUUACCUGCACACAAACUGCUUUGAGCUCUCCAUCUAUGUUGGCUGUGACAAAUACCCCCACGAGAGUGAGUUGCCUGAAGAAUGGGAAAACAACCGCGAGUCCCUGAUUGUUUUCAUGGAACAGGUCCAUCGUGGCAUCAAAGGCAUAGUGAAAGAUGUGCAUGGAAAGGGAAUCCCAAAUGCUGUUAUCUCAGUAGAAGGUGUCAACCAUGACAUUCGCACAGGAGCCGACGGCGAUUACUGGCGCCUCCUCAACCCUGGCGAGUACGUGGUGGGCGUGAGGGCCGAGGGCUACACCGCCGCCACCAAGACCUGCGAGGUGGGCUACGACAUGGGGGCCACCCAGUGCGACUUCACCAUCUCCAAAACCAACCUGGCGAGGAUCAAGGAGAUCAUGAGGAAGUUUGGGAAGCAGCCCAUCAGCCUGUCCAUGCGCCGGCACCGGCAGCGGGCGCGGCAGUGGCAGCAGCACCGAUAGGCGCCGGCCCGGCGUCUCCCGGUGCCCGCGAGCUCUGCUUCUGCCAGCCUGGCUGUAGUCGUAGUGAGAGUUUCAUAGCCCAUCUCUUCGUGCAUAUUUCCCUGCAAGAGGCCUUUCUGUUAGUGGAGCGGGAUGGACGGUGGGGGUUCUCGUUUUUGGCAGAAAAAUCGGAAGCAAAAAUUUCAAGCUCAACCAAAAACGGCCCCCGGGUUGAAGGGAGAGGCAGGAGAACAUAGGAAGGUGUUUUGAGUUAACCUGGAGUGAAAUGUUUGGCUUGUUGGGUUGUUUGAUCCUUUGCAAAUCUGUUUUCUUUAAAAAGAGGAGAAAGAAGGAUUAAAAAAAAAAAAAAAGAUACUUGUAAAGGAGAAGUGUUGUUCUGAAUGCAAAAUUGAAAAAUGUUGUAUCUAAAGUAUAAAAUUGGUGUAUUUUUGGAAUUCUAAAGAAGUUUGACAUUCCUUAUGUUUUAUUCUCGUAUGGAAGGAAAGCUGAGAGGGGACAAUUUACAUUUAAUGUGGUUAAAACAUGUCAUAAUUUCAUCCCCUUUUCCCUGAAAGUCUCUCUUCUGACAAACACCAAAACAUUCAGAAAAAAAACCUGCAGUGAAUAACCCACCUUUGCUUUCCUGCUUGGGUUGUUUAUAUUUAAGGAUGUAAUGUGAGUCCAGAGUUUAAUGCCAGGAGUGUUUUCUUCUCUGGCUUUUUAAGCCUGCACUUUUACUCUGUGAACUAAACCUAAUAAAAAGAUCCUGGGAUAAGGACCACUUUGGUGUUGUGGCAUUGCAGCCCUUCUCUAACGUGGGACAAGGACUAGAAUAAAGCUUUUCCUGAGGAACAGCCAGUUGUGUCAUGUGUAUGAGAGGAGAGUCUUAGCCACUGAUAGGUGCUUAGUUCAUAAAUUAAUUGAUUUUUGGCCUGAUUUUAAGUGCCUUUUGUGCUCACGCACAUCUCAUGCCACUGUCUUCUGUGACAUGCAAGGGAUUUUGGGUCCCACUGCAUGAUCUGCUCAUCCUGCUUCUGCAGCUGCUGCCUCUAUGGGAGCAGGAUUUGUGCUUUUUUUACUGGCUUUUAAGUAACAAAAUUCUACAGCAGGAUAGGAUUGAGGAAAGAUGCAGAUCUAGAAAGAAUGAACUAAAUACACACUGGACAAAGAGUCAGUGGAUGAAAAUGUAACUUUGCUCUGGUAGCUCCAAUGCUAUGAUCUUAAUUAUACCAAAAAAAAGGGCCAGCUACAUGAUUUUAGCCAGCCAAAAGUCUGUGGCUAAACAAACAUCUUGUAAUAUGCUUGGUAGAAAGACUGCAGCAUACACUUCCAAAUACAAUUCUGUUUUAAACAUUUUAAUUGCUAUUACAGUUUUUGCCUGUUUGAUAUGAUUCUUGGAACAGACAUUCCCCAAAGUAUCGUUCAAAGCUGAGGAAAAAAUAAAGUGCCAGUAGAAAACUUACUGUAAAAGUAUCACGUGCCAUCUGUAUUAAAUCCUUUGUUUUUCUUGUCAAGGAAUGUUGGAAACACAUACAAGGCAAAAAGAUUUAGAGAAUGAAUAACAUAAUCAUGAACUCUUGCAUAGUAAGUAGCCAUAUUUUUAAAUUUCUUAGAUAAUUCCAGCUCAUGCUUUUUGUGUAAUUACCAUUAAAUAACAGCAAUGUGUUUGCCAGCAAGGGCUUAAAGAAAACAGAAGAGUGCAAACGUAAUUCUCUAUGACUUAAAUUGUGGAACAGCUCCAAGUCAGCAUCAUUUAGAUUAACUCAUAGAGGUAAACAAAUAAUCCAGUCAUUUGGAAUUAUAUUUUACUUAUUUCACCCUAUUUACCAGCCUUACAACGUUCUAUAUGCCAUAUAUUUUUGCAUAGCAAAUAUAACAGCAAUUUUUCAAAAAGGGUAUUCUUUUCUGACAGGUGAGAAGGGAUUAAUGAUGUCUUUGUGCAGGUAGCAAUGUGACAUAAUUUUUGAAUAUGGAGUAAUGAGAGCAGACAAUUUGUUAGCAGUUAAAUUUGGCUUGUUUAUUGGCAUGUGUAGAUUUUGUUGCCACCACAAUAGAUCAGGAUCAUACACUAUAUUUUGUGCUAUGAACUGAUGGAGUUUCUCCGGUGGAUUCUCUCUGCAGUCCCACAAAGGCUGUCCAGUUGCCUUGCUGGGGGUGAUUAACAUGCACAGACAAACGAGGAACAAACCAGCCAAAUUUAAAUCCCUCUGAUGAUCAGGUUGGAGGUGGAAACCACCCUCUGAGUCCUGACAGGUCAGUUUUUUCCACCUGGAGAUAAUGGUGUUAGAGCUUAACUUCACAAACCUGGAGGUUCCCAUGCUUUGUUCUCAGAAAUGAGCUUAUCGCAGCGAGAAGUUAUUUUUCAUUUGGUAGCAAGAAGUGGAUUUCAUGGGGUAUUCUUGGACAUCUCUUAGGUGCAAUUAGAGGGAUUCUGAUUGCUGAAGACCUCAUGAACAUCAGAUGCUGAAGAUGGUGGCUUUGGUGCUCUUUACUGGCCAUCACUAGUACUGACACAUAUUUGGGCACAGCAAAAUAUGACUAAUGCAGGUGACCCUACUCCAUUUUAGUCCAGGCAUUACUACAUAAAUGGCCUAAUAGCUGUCAA